AUGCAAGGAGAACCAUUGGGCCACCAUGCCCACAACGGCACAGGCCCCGCCUCGAUGCCAGCGCUAGACCGUGGCCUCGCAAACUCCCACAACAUGACCAUGAACAUGAACAUGGACAUGAACCUGGACAGCCUGGAUAGCGUUUCCCCGCCUCCUCGUUACCCGGUCGAGCGAAAAACAAACGCCGCCGCCCAGGUGCACGCUCUAACCGCCCAGCGGGCCGUGGUCGAAAACGACGAAAAACAAUUACAAUUGCAAAUGCAAAUGGAAGGAAGAAUGGGAGUCGAAAAGGAGUGGGAAAAGUCAAAGACGCUACAAACGACAAGCCUGCCCUGGAACGAUACGCGGCACAGCAUGUCUGGAGAACACGUACAGGCGUCCGUACAGGCGCAAACUGGAAAACGUGACGAAGAAACGCCGUCGGCGGCGGCGACAACAACAAAAACAACAACAACGACCAAUAAUAACACGCUGCUACAGCCCAGACUCAACCCGCUUAUCCAUCUAGCUAUGUCCCACAUUCCGGCACCAAACAACACCCCCGUGGAGGCCGCUGAUAUGACACCACUGAGCGGCAACGCGUAUGGCGACUCGGCGCGUAAUCCCGAGCCCCUGGCGUCCACUAAUGGGAAUGAUUCUGCCGGGUCCAACAAUCAAAAUAUGGCUGGGCGUCUGGCGGCGCGCGGCCAUGAGUUGCAAGAAAAAAACAUGUCUUCUGAAGCGGGGUCCGCGUCUACGUCUACGGCGUCGGCAGCACACGGCUCGUCGGUUACUGACGGUAAGGGGCUCUCGGCUACAGACGGUUUGAGUGGCGGCUCGGGACACAAAGUCAGGGUCAGCGGCAACAUUGUCGGAAGUGUUGUUUCUGGCGCUUAUGAGAACACUCGGAGCCCUGUACUCCUCUUUAACAGUGAGAACGGCAGCGGCAAUAACAUCCAAAGGUCCGGUGGUGCCGACCGCGUCGGCGGCACUGCUGCUGCCGCUGCCACAGGUACCACCACAUCCAGUACCAAUGGUCACGUGGGACCUACUACUUCCACUUCCUCGUCGCCGCCAAAUACAACGUCAGCUGCUACUGCUACUGCUGCUACUGCCAGCAACGGCAACAGCAAAGGUAACAUCAAUGCCACAAAGACAGAUGCUGCCGCUGCUGACAGAAACAAUGGCAACACAGCAUCAUCUUCAUCAGCGCCAGCACAGGGACCAGCAGUGGUGGUGCCUUCCAUUUCUUCGUCAGUGUUUGGAACGCAGGGCGAUCCAAACAGCACCGACAGAGACAUACAUGCAGGCAGCAACGCAAUGACCCCCCGGAGACUGCAUUUCGACUCUUCCACGGAAAAAAUUGACCCCGGUGCAGGAAUCUCGUCCAUUUCGGCGCAAAAAAUAAACAUCACGUCCUUGCUAAACUCCAGGUCUACCGCGGAGUCUAUUUCUCCACCACCUUCAGCGGUAGAUCACGAGUACUCGAUCAAUUUUCCAUCCUCAGCAGCUUCGAAUACACAUUCUUCAGGAUCCUUCUUACAGCCAAAGUACCCGCAGCAUCAGCACCAGCAACAGCACCAGCAACACCCGCGUCUCGCUUCUGCCAUGAACAGAAUGGUUUCGCCAAAUUAUCUGUUCGAAACAGAACAAACACAAAAUGCGUUUGGUAAUAUUCCAAGUGCUAGUGCACAAUCUAAUGCGAAUGCUAAUUCAGGCUCAGGCGGUAGCACCAUCCAAGGCGCAAGCAUAACGUACCAGCCAAAGUACUUCAACACAAAGUUCGAUGAGCUACGGAACAGGGUCCUUCUUGGAUCUUCCACGGGUUUCCCCAAACUAGAUGCGACGCACAAGUAUCCUUACAGCAAUAGCAUUCCGGGUUCCGGCUCGAAUUCGAACUCGAACCCAAUGUCAAUCUCGAAUCCAAAUGCUCAUAAUGAGCAGGACUCCAACGUGGACGCUGAAGCCGCAGCGAUCAUCUCGCAAAUGAGGUCUUCCCCUCUGCCCGCAUUCAACGAGCAUUUUGGACCAGGAACGCAUGGGAGCAGGCCGAACUCAUCAUUGUCGAACCAGUCGUUACAGAAUGGCUCCUACAAUCAGUUUAACAAGCGUUUGUUGCCCAAACCGGUGCUUCGUGUGAACCAAAGACAAUUCCCAAAUAAUAACAGCCAAGACGAAAAUGCCAUUGCAGAGGAAGACGAUGACGAUGAUGACGAUGAUGACGAUGAGUACCAUGAAGGCGGCUAUGCUAACAGCCAAAACGGUGGAACAAAUGUCUCAGAUACCGUUGCAUGGAACAAGAACGGCAAGAGACGGUUGUCAAGACGGAAAUCUGGACCACCUCACUAUAAUUCGCAACUAAAGGGUGCCAAACAAGAGCAUGUCCAGUUUUUAUCCGCAGAUAUCUCUGAAGACAACGUUCAUUUUAAGCGCUCUCGCUCAUCUUCCUUGUCGUUGGAACCUACAGGUUUACUAUCCCCAAAUUCAAAGCGGGCAAAGCAGCUGAAAUUCAAAGAAUCGAACUAUAAUAAUGACGUUUCAAAUGAAGAGAUGGUCAAGUCAAGUGACCAGAUUAAAAAGAGAAAUGCAACAGGUGCCCGUUCAAGAACUGGUUGCUGGAUUUGUAGGUUGCGUAAGAAGAAAUGCACAGAAGAAAAACCUCAGUGCCAGAACUGUGUGCGACUACACCUCGAAUGCUUUUACGAUAUUGUCAAACCUGACUUUAUAUCAGAUCCUGCCAAAAAGGCAGCAAAAUUAGAUGAAAUUAAAAAGAAAACGAAGGAGGCUAAAAGACAAGCAAUGAAAAAGAAGACUUGGCUUUGA